AUGGACGCUCAGAGAGCUUUGCUUGACGAAUUGAUGGGCUCAGCUCGUAAUUUGACUGAAGAAGAGAGAAAAGGGCACAGGGAAGUUAAAUGGGAUGAUAAGGAGGUCUGUGGAUGCUAUAUGAUCCGUUUCUGCCCUCACGAUUUGUUUGUCAAUACACGAAGUGAUCUAGGUGUGUGCCCAAAAAUUCAUGAUGCAAAGUUGAAGGAAAGUUUUGAGAAGUCCCCAAGACACGAUUCAUAUGUCCCCAAGUUUGAAGCUGAACUAGCUCACUUCUGUGAGAGACUGGUCUCAGAUUUAGAUAGAAAAGUUAGGCGUGGCCGUGAACGCCUUGAACAAGAUGUUGAAGUCCCCCCACCUCCUCCAAUUUCAGCUGAAAAAGCUGAGCAGUUGUCUGUGUUGGAAGAAAAGAUAAAGAACCUGCUUGAGCAAGUCGAGUCCCUUGGUGAAGCAGGGAAGGUUGAUGAAGCCGAGGCACUUAUGAGAAAGGUUGAAAUGCUUAAUAUUGAGAAGACAGUCUUGACUCAGCAACCACAGCAAGAUAAGCUGAUGAUGAUGACAAUUGAGAAAAAAAUGGCACUGUGUGAAGUGUGUGGUUCCUUUUUAGUAGCGAAUGAUGCUGCUGAGAGAACUCAGUCACAUGUUGCUGGCAAGCAACAUAUUGGUUAUGGCAUGGUGCGGGAGUUUUUGGCUGAGUAUAAGGAAGCCAAAGAGAAGGCAAGAGAAGAAGAAAGACUGUCCAGAGAGAAAGAAGCGGAAGAGCGUAGAAAGCAGAGAGAGAAAGAAUACGAGAGCAGGAGGAGUGGCUCGGCUGACAGGGACAGGUAUCGUGAUCGGGAUUAUGACAGAUAUCGGGAAAGGGAAAAUGGAAGGGGUAAGUUGGAUAGGAAAAACAACAGCUCAAGUAACGGGAGAGAAAGCAGUAGGGAUAGAUACCGUGAUAAAAGCAGGUCACGCUCUCCCAUUAGACAUAGUCGGAGGAGGAGCCCGGGUCGUGCUCGUUAA